AAAAGACCGAGCGGAACGAGACACCUGCCCGACUGCCGCCGUUCGUCCAGCCGUCGCCGCCGCCCGUCCGCCCGACAAUCCGGCUCGGCGCUCGUCCCCGGCGACCGCACCCUCCCACUCAUCCAGUAGCCGCGGCGCUGCCUUUAGUACAGGAGGGGCGCCCCUGCCGAGCGGUGAAACCCCACCCUGCCCAAAUCCGUCGCCAAGCCACCGGCGUCCCCGAUGGAGGCAUUUCCGCCGCCUCCGCUUCCUCCGCUGCCCGCGAAUGUCUCCUCCGCUCCGCCGCCGCCGCCGUCGCCUCUGCAUCAGCAGGCUGGGUAUGCUCCUGCGCCGGCAACGCUCCUGGUGCGGCACCUCCCAGAGGCGAUCACUCAGGACAUGCUCUCCGGGCUCUUCUCCCGCCACGGCGCCACAUCCUUUCGCCCCUGCGGUGGAAAGUUGAGGAACUGCGCGUUUGUGGAUUUUAGGGACGAGAUGGCGGCCAAUCAGGCGCAGUCUCAGUUGAACAGGUUGAGGCUCCUUGGGAAAGUACUGAUACUCGAGAGAGCAAACCAGCCAAAUGCCAAGAAUGCGAGCGAGAAGGCUCGGGAGCAAUUAGCUCGCGGGAUGCCUCAAGUGCCAAGUAUGAAUUCCCAAAAUCAAAAGAGUUCCACAUCAACUCCCGAACCGAUCGCUUCUAGGCUUGGUGUGGACUAUCCAUUUCCUCCUCAUCUUGAGUAUGCAUAUCCACCACCAGACGGAAACAUAUUGAACAAUAUUGUCAACUCUCUCAUUGCCGUUCCCCGAUUUUAUAAUCAGGUGUUGCAUUUGAUGAACAAGAUGAACCUUCCAGCUCCAUUUCGGAUGGCAUUGCCUACUCCACCUCUACCAUCACAAGGGCCUCUUCCUCCUCCCCCUCCACCGCAGCCUUCUAUGACAGAGAAACUUCACUUGGCUGAUUUGUCUAGUGAUGAGUCUGAGAUGGAGUCUUCUGAUGAAGAUGUUGAUAAAAGGGAAGUCAAGCGCGCAAAGCAUGAAGCUAUUGUUGGUCCUGCAGUUGAUAGAAGUGUCGCUCAUGAAUCGGUCGGGGUGAAACCAGUUGCAUUAGUUCCCAAUGAGCUUCAAGUAAUAAAAAAGAAAAACCCAGUACUGCAGAUAAAAAUUGUCCCUAAGGCUGCUUAUAAGGAACUUGCUGAUCGGAGUAUUAUCGACAGGGAAUUGGCCUCUAGAGAUGAACAACUUGAAGAAAAACAUUUUGCCACACCUCAGGAAAUAGAGAAAGAGAAAUUACCGACAGAGGAGAUUUUGUCCCUUCCCAUGUUCAAGAAUUACACUCCAGGGAAUCCUGCCAGUGUAUUAUAUAUUAAGAACUUGGUAAAGGAUGUUGUUCAUGAUGACUUCUACUAUGUCUUUGGAUCUGUGUUUGAAAGCUUGGACGCUGCAAGAUCUGGCUUAAGUAUAAAGUUAAUGCAGGAAGGUCGAAUGCGGGGCCAAGCUUUUGUGACGUUUCCAUCCGUUGAACAUGCUCAACGCGCACUGAUCAAUAACACUGUGGGACGAUUUGGAGGAGAGGGGGAAAUGAGGAUGAGAACGAUUUGGAGCGCCCUUUAUGGCCAUAGAGGGUCGGAUGACAACUCUGUUAGAGUGACCUUUUCGACAAAUAUCGAGGGUUGGAGUAGAGCCCACAUAUUCAGGUCUGUUCUUAUCCUCAUUUCCCCCUCUCCUCCAAAUCUUCCUCGGCAAGACUCCUCGAACUGUCCAACACACGCGCAAUCCUCAAACCCUAGCUCCUCCGAUCCAAACACCUCCUGGUCCCUCGGUCCAUCCGCCAUGGCAUCGCCCGCCGGUGACGACAGCCACCUCUUCGCCGGCGUCCACUUCCUCCUCAUCGGUUUCGACUGCGUCUCCAUGUCCCAGUACCGGUCGAAGUUGGUGCAGAGCGGCGGCACCGACGCCAUGCAAUUUGGCGGCGGCUGGACCCACAUCGUCGUGCGCGGCCUUGUCUACGUUGACCCGGUCUGCGCGGUGGCGCGGGCGCAAGGGAAUAAGGUUGUCAGCGAGAUGUGGGUGGAUGAUAGCUUGGAUCAGGGUGCCGAUGCUGAUAAAGUUAUUUAUUGGCCAGCCAGAGAUUUGAAGGGAAUACCUGGUAGUGGCUCACUGCAGAUUUGCUUGACGGGGUACCAAAUGAAGGACCGCAAAGAUAUAAUGUUAACUGCUUGCCAUUUUUCUUCAAAUGAACUAGGUGAGAAAUACAAGUGUGCGGAAAGGUUGGGCAUCAAGAUUGUUAAUCACCGGUGGUUGGAGGAUUGCUUAAAGUCAUGGAAAAUCCUACCAGAAGAUGAUUAUAGCGAGAGUGGCUGGGAACUAGAGAUAGUGGAGGCGCAAGCCAAGGAACGCCUCAAGUUCCCGAUUCGGGAUCGCCAAGUUCGCAAAUGGGAAGUAUGCCGUGAAUAAAGCAAAGAAAAGAAGCAGCAAGGUGCUCGCCGCAGCCCUGGCACUCCUAAAGCGCGCCCAUCCGGAGGUGGGCACCGACUUCUUGGCGUGCAAUGAUCUUCCUCCCGACAUCCAGGACCAGACCGCCAAGUACGCCAAGGUCGCAAGAGCCUUUGUUGCCUCGUGCUUUAGCAAGCUCGAAGCAGACGAAGCCUGAUGAACAACUUUAAAGAUGGACCUUGUUUGUAGAUACAGCCUGAACUUCUUGUGUUAGAAUAAAGGUUAUGAAAUCUUCAGAGAAAACCGGUGAAAAGAAGUCAAGGGCCGUCACCUGUCGUAGCGUUCUGUCCCUGCCCCUGCCUUUCAUCGGUGAAAUGUAUUCCAGAAAGCUUUCAGAAAUGACCUGGUAUCUUUCGCUCGUUGCAACCGGGAGGCACAAAAAGUGGCGUAACUUAUGAUUCAAAUUCUCCUAUGUAUUGGGAUGGGAUGAUGAUCCUUCUAGUAUUAUCCUAGCUUAUAUUGUGGACAAUGUAACAUUUGAAUUAAUUAAGUGGCUGAAGAUUAAAUGGCAUUCCUAAAA